AUGUCCGAACCAGGCCCGGAAUCGAUCCCUACGAGCGCGGAUCCGCGUAGCAAGCGGCCCGUCAAACGUCGUGCUGUCACAGCGCAGUCGGAGCAAGCUUCUCAGAUUCAGUCUCUCUUUCGCGACCCCGCGAAGGAGAUCAAGCUCCCCGAUUCUUCCAAGCAGCGCUCAUCAGCGUCAUUGCCUCCUCCACCGGAAAUCGUGGCGAAUGUUCAAGGUUCUUCUGCUGGUGCCGGUUCCGGAGAAUUCCACGUUUAUAAGGCCAGUCGCAGGAGGGAAUAUGAGCGCUUACGCAUGAUGGAAAGCGAGGUCAGUAAGGAGAAGGAAGACAAAGAUUGGGAGAAAGAACGAGAGGAGGCAAGGCGGAAGGAUGAAGAAAAGACGGAAAAGAACCGGAAAAGAAGGGAAAAGAGGAAUGCGGCAAAGAAUAAAAAGAAAGGCGCUGGUAGCAAUGGUAAGGGGCCUGACAACAUGGCUGUUGAUGGGCCGACGAAAAGGGCACUCGACGGGAAUAAGGACGAAGAUCAAAACUGGCCAGUAGAUGCCGUCGAACAUGCGGAAACACCAGGGGUGAUAAUCCAUGAAGACUGA